AUGGCGACAGAAGAACAAACCCAAGCUAUUGCAAUGCUGCAAGAUCUGGGCAUCAGUCGCAAGCAAGCGGUUAAAGCACUUGCACGGUACGGCAACGAUGUUAGCCGUGCAGCAGAUUUUAUAUUUUCAGGCAAUGCAAUCGACUCUGACAGUGAUAGCGACAGCAACCAUAACAGCACCAGCAAUAACAACAAUAACGAGGAGAGCGAAGCCAAGUCGCCACCUUCGCUGACGCCACCAUCACCACCUCUACCACCACCAAAAAAUACAACGACAAAUCCGGAUACUCAAUAUAGCUGGGAUAACAAUCCUGUCCCUUGGCAAAGUCAAGAGCGACAACAUUUAAUCAAAGACUUUGAUCGAAAGGCUGAAAGCAGUACCACCGUAUCCUAUGAUCCAGCAUUGUGGAGUGUGGUACCAGCAGCACUACCCAUCGGUUUACGCCCUCCACAGUUCAAUUUUCCGUACGUCCCGGCUAUCCUUCAAUCAUUAUUUCAUAUCAGCUUGUUUCAACAACGCGUCUUUGCAUACCCUACGGGCGUGGAUGUAUGGGGAUCUGCACUAAACUACUGGAAUGGUAAUGGCGAGCCUAUACCCUCGUUUAACGGAUCCUGUGAGACCCCAAGCAGCAACAGAAGCAACAACAGUGGCAGUGAUAGCAAUGCUGGCAAAAACAAUAUGGACAGGAAGCUGGCUGGUAGCGUUAAAGCAGUAGCCGAACUGCAGAAGCUUUUUGCUUUUCUUGGCCACUCGCGACGCCAGUACGUGAAUGUAUCUCAAUUUGUACAAAGUUUGGAUACAAAAACAGCACAUGGGAGUAAUUGGGACGCACAAGAUUUAUCCGUUGAUGAAUUUAUCGAUCUCUUCAUAAACACUUUGGUUGAGGCUGAUGAUCGACAAAAAACACAACCAAAUGAUAACAGUUUUCGAAGCCUUUUCUCUCUCUGUGCGCAGGUGGAAUAUGGCCGGGAUAUUGAUAAGGAAGAAAUUUAUUAUCUUACGCUUGGCUUUAACGAGCAAACACUCAGCUUUCACGAGUGCCUUGGUCCUUUGGUCUACGAAAGCGCCACAUAUGGAAAUGACACUGCUAGCGAUGUCGUUAGCUUUAGCAGUGACGAAGGAUCGAUUGCUGGAGGAAAGGCCUACAAACUUACCACCUUUGAGCGAGUCCCACCGAUUCUUGUUAUAUGUCUGGAAGAUAAGACAUUAAAGACCAAAGCGGGUACCAUAAACUCCCUUUACCAAGUGGACAGGACAUUGUAUAUGGAUCGCUACCUAUUCGAGAACAGAGACAAGAUUCUAAAACGUUACGAGCAAGCACAAGCGUGGCGGGACGAGAUCAACGAUGCCAGCGAACGAAUGGCUAAGCUAAGGAAUAACAACUUGACCAAUGGACAAGGCAAAACAGCAGCUGCCGACAAAAGCGACAUUCUUUCAAAAACAAUCGAUUACUUCGAGGAAUAUUCAGCCGAUGAAGCUACCCAGUCUUUGCGGAACGUACUUAAUCAAGUAAAAGAUGGCAUUACUGCUCGUUUAGAAGAGCUGGAAGAGCUGGUGAAGCAGCGCACGGACGAUCUUCGAAAUCUGUUUAAUGAUUCAGAAUAUUGCCAAGCGCCUUAUGAUAUCCGUGCCAUUCUUCAUCACGAUGGCAUGAGUGGCACUGGCCACUAUUGGGGCUAUAUUUGGGCCGAACCUGGAGAGGAGAACCUACUACAAGAUAUUCCAAAUGACAGGGGAGGCUGGUUCAAAUUCUGUGACGCAAGUGUCAGACCAUCCAACGAAGAUGAGAUAUUCAACGAGACCUCCAAUCCGUUCGCCCUCGUGUAUGUGAAGCGCGACAUACCUAGAUAUACUGGCGCCCAACUAUUCAACAUAAUCCCAAGUGGUUUACAGGCUUAUGUGGAUAGGGACAAUGAAGACUUUGAUGAAGAAAUUCAAUCAUUUAACAAUGGCGAGCGUAACCCCGAAGAAGAAUCACCAGGCUUGACGGUGUCGCAAGAUGGAGACUCAAUAUCCACUGAUGGUGAUGCUGCGUCCAAUGGGACUGCGGUGGGUGAAAAUGCAACAGCAGCAACUACGCCGAUUACAGCAGCAACGACUACAACCGGGAACCACAAGGAAGCAGUACCGCAGCCAAUUGUAUCAGCAACAGCCCCUCCAUCGGAAGCAGCAGAUAAUGCAACACUCGAGCAUUCUCUUAGCGAAUCGCAACUAUCGCAAUUAUCGCAAACGAGCAGUUCUGAAGAGCAGCAAAAACCACCCGAUCAAGAGGAAGCUAUAACCGCCAAAAAUAAUACCAUAUUACGAGGAAAAUUACAUCAAUACAUCCAAAAAGUCCUAAUCUGUGCUGAGCAGUAUGGUGGAGACGAUUAUCGAUUACUGAAAAGCUUUGAAGCAUUCCUUGGAAAGCUUGGAUACGGCGAUGCUUUGGAAUAUUUCAUAUUUACAUAUACAACUGAUCAAGAGUAUGAGGCUCCUAUCAUUCGAGAAGAGGAUUCAAGAGAUGAUCCAAAAUUAGUAGCGCUAUGGCUCGAGUUUGACAAGUUUGUCAGCAUUGCGUCCAUUAUUUCGACGGCGUUGGCAGAAUUUGGAGAGAGUCGAUAUCUAGAGUCCCUGCGUCAUUUCACUCAGACGCGACAGGAAGAAGCAAGUUGGAAGGUUCAUUUGCUAACGGAAACCGACAUGCUCGAACAAUUUCCAGAUAUUGAAAAUCUUGGAUUCGCGCCAGUGAUUACCCGCUUUGGCAAGCAGUGUAUUAGGGUUUUGAAUGAACGGGCGCGCACUAAAGCAGCUGAUCCAGCGUACAGAACUCGCGGUCUGGAAGAAGCAUUACAGAUCGCUCGACAGGCACAAACAAUCAUUGGGCCGGAUAAGUUUGCAAACGAUGUCCUUUUCAGUGAAAUGCGAGAGGAAUGGCUCAAAUAUAGCGAGGUACAAGGUGCGGAACUCGAAGGAUCUCAGGCUGAACUGCUCAAUGAAUUGAUCAUGGCUUAUCUCGAGGCCGAUUCGGCGGAUGCUGCCAAUGAAUCAUCAUCUAUUACUACCUCUUUAAAGUUGUGUAAGAAAUUAAACCUGCAAUAG